GAUGUGUGUGGUCCUGGCAAACCCUACGUUAUUGGGACAAAAUGUCCCCACAAAGAUUGGCAAUAUCUGAAAUCCUUGCCCUUGUGGGGAGAUUUUUUUUAUUUAAAAAUGCAGAAAGUUUUCUGUGAGUACGUUUAUGGUUAGGGCAUAGAAUAUACAGUUUGUGCAGUAUAAAAAUCAUUAUGUCUAUGGAAAGUCCCCAUAAAACAUGAAAACCCAACAUGUGUGAGCGAGUGUACUGAGCCUUUGGUGGUCUGAUCCCUACAGGUCUGGGCUGGUUGUGUAUAUUGAGGUAAUGUUUAGUGCUUUGUGUGUCCGUGUCUCCAUUAUUCCUUUGAUGAACAGAGCUGACAUCACUCACUCAGCACGGAAGCGUUUGUGUAAAUCGCUUCUUUCCGUUGUGAAGGUGGACUGUUAGGAUAAAACACUUUCUUUGUUGAACCUACUUAAACAGAAAGUAAAGCACUUAUUUAAUAGUACUGAUGUGGUUCAUUUAUAAUUUAUUGAGUGAGUCAGGAACACCUCAGCAACACUCUCAUGUUUGACCAUGUUUAUUUUUUUCAGAAUUUGAAAAUGAGAUAUGUGAGAAGAUGAUAGUUUACAGUGAACGAUAAUAACAGCUGUGUUGUCUUUCUGUGGAAGGUUAUCUGUCCCGUGUGCUGAGGAAUUACACCGAACAGGCGUGUGACGGAGAAUUCCUGACUGUCCGCUGCCCGCCCAGAACCUCCAUCACCGUCCAAUCGGCUUUCUACGGCGGACGAGACCCCACCCACUCACUUCAGUGCCCAUCCACUUAUAGCAGUGCUGGAGCACACUCAGUGAAUGACAUCACUUCCUGUCAUGUGUCAACAUCUUUGCAGAAGAUGUUGGAUGAAUGUGAGGACAGGCGGAGAUGUCAGGUUCUUGUCAACAGUCGUUUGUUUGGGACGGACCCCUGCCCGACCGUCAGCAAAUACCUCAGUGUGCAGUACAAGUGCAGGCCGAAUGAGUAUAAGAGUAAAGUGGUGUGUGAAGGGGAGCGGUUGCGCUUGGGCUGUAAGACGGGGAUGCAAAUCGUGGUUUAUUCCGCCAUGUUUGGCCGCACGCAGCAGGGCACGCUGGAGUGUCCUCCACACCACCGGAGAGCGCCGUCUGUCGACUGCUCGUCAGAUGUGGCUCUGCAGGUGAUGACAUCACGUUGCCAGGGGAAACGCUCCUGUGUGGUCCGUGCCUCUACACAAGAGUUUGGAGACCCCUGUUACCGUGGCACCCGCAAAUACCUCAGCGUGAUCCACACCUGCGAAAUCAAGACUCAUCAGACCAGGAAACAUUUUUCCAAUCUUCUAUUGUCCAGUUUUGCUGAGUCGGAGUGAAUUGUAGCCUCAGUUUGCGGUUCUCAGCUGACAGGAGUGUCACCGGUGUGUCUUCUGCUGCUGUAGCUCACCUGCUUCAAGGUGUGUUCAGAGAUGCUCUUCACCUCGUUUGUAACGAGUGCUCAUUUGAGUUACUAUUGUCUUUCUAUCAGCUGAACCAGUCUGAUCAUUCUCCUCUGAUAUCAACAAAGCAUUUUCACCCACAGAACUGACACUCACUGGAUAUUUUCUCUUUUUUGGGCCACUCUCUGUAAACCCUAGAGAUGGUUGUGUGUGAAAAUCCCAGUAGAUCAGCAGUUUCUGAAAUACUCAGACCGACACCAACAACCAUGACAUGUUCAAAAUCAUUUAAAUCACCUUUCUUCCUCAUUCUGAUGCUCUGUUUGAACUUCAGCAGAUUGUCUUGAACAUGUCUACAUGCCUAAAUGCAUUGAGUUGCUGCCGUCUGAUUGGCCGAUUAGAUAUUUGUGUAAAUGAGCAGUUGAUCAGGUGUACCUAAUAAAGUCGUCCUUCUAAUCACACAAUCUGAGUGUUUUUAAAGUCUCUUAGGCUGUGUUCCAUUCCACUUUUAGACAAGCACUCGCAAACUUCCCUAAGCACUUCCCCUCGAGGGAAUCCCUGCCGCCAUUUUGAAGUGCGUU